GUUCCAUCAAGUCAACAUAGACGAUCUAUGGUGGCGCUGUUUUGCUGUGACGCGGCUCAGCGGCUGUCUGUUGAAGGAACUCGCUUCUCUCCUGCUGGAUUAAAUGUCUCAACAGAAACAGAAAGGCUGAUGAGUCCCUGAAGCCAGUUUCUUUUAACAUGGAUGGUGCACCUGAACCAGUGUAAGUUUUUACUGUGAAUUCUGUGACAUCGCCCUCUGACUUGAUGACAGGAGAUGAGACACUGCAGCCCUAGACCACAUCAUGAGUAUCCAGAGACUGGGAGGAACGAUAGGGGAGUCCCUGGGCUCUAGCCUGACGGUACGUAUGAGUGGAGCAGGUGGUGGGUGGAGUGCUCUCUCCCUGAAACCUGUUUCCUCUGGGCGGAUCGCCUCUCUCUUCUAUACCAUGGUUCCUACCGGUUAUACCAAGCUGCAGGAGGAGCGGCUGGCCAUGGUGGACCUCGGAGCUAAACCCGAGGCCAGCUCAAUCCAGAACGGCUACAGGCAAGAGACAUCUCACAUUGAAAGCCGACGGCACCUGGACCGGGCCUUUCGGUCCUCCGUGACUUUAUCUGACUGUGGAGAUGGAGGGUACUCUGAAACAGAGCCCAUGCUGGCUGAGAGGAGGCUCUCCGGGGAGGAGGCAGACGAGGAGGAGGAGGAGAACGAUGAGGAGGAAGGGCAGGCAUCUGAUGAGCAGAAUAUGCCCAAGGAGUCGCCACUGGCCAUGGCACUGCAGAUUCUGGUGCCUUUCCUGCUAGCUGGAUUUGGAACUGUAUCAGCUGGAAUGGUGCUGGAUAUUGUGCAGCACUGGGAGGCGUUCCAGUACAUCACAGAGAUCUUCAUCCUGGUUCCUGCUCUGCUUGGCCUCAAGGGCAACCUUGAGAUGACUCUGGCCUCCAGGCUGUCCACAGCGGUGAAUGUGGGCAAGAUGGAUUCUCCAAUAGAGAAGUGGAAUCUGAUCAUAGGCAAUCUGGCAUUGAAGCAGGUUCAGGCCACUGUGGUGGGUUUCCUGGCGGCCAUCGCAGCUGUGGUUCUCGGUUGGAUCCCAGAGGGGAAGUUCCAGAUGAGCCACGCCGUGCUACUCUGCUCCAGCAGUGUGGCCACGGCCUUCAUAGCCUCCCUGCUGCAGGGUAUCAUCAUGGUGGGUGUAAUCGUGGGUUCCAAGAAGACAGGCAUCAACCCAGACAACGUAGCCACACCCAUUGCUGCCAGUUUUGGUGACCUCAUAACCUUGGCAAUCCUGGCCUGGAUAAGUCAGGGCCUCUACAAGUGCCUGGAUUCCUACCCAUACGUGUCGUCACUAGUUUGCGCCUUCUUCAUGUGUCUGACUCCCCUGUGGAUCGUCAUCUCCUCCAAGCACCCGGCAAGCCGCACCCUGCUCUACUCUGGAUGGGAGCCAGUCAUCACUGCCAUGGUCAUCAGCAGCAUUGGAGGACUCAUCCUGGACAAAACAGUGUCUGACCCAAAUCUUGCUGGCAUCGUGGUGUACACCCCGGUCAUCAACGGUAUCGGGGGUAACCUUGUGGCUAUUCAGUCCAGCCGGUUCUCCACUCACCUGCAUUUCCACUGUGCUCCUGGGGAGGUCCCUGACGAGGCCAAGGGAUGCUACUACCCCUGCCGCACAUUCUGUGGUACAGGAGCUAAUCAUAGGUCUGCUCAGGUGCUCCUCCUUUUGGUGAUUCCUGGUCACCUAAUCUUCCUCUACACCAUCCACCUGAUGAAGAGCGGCCACACCACCCUGACACCAAUUUUCAUGUCUGUCUACUUGGCUGCUGCUAUGCUGCAGGUGUUGCUGUUGUUGUGUAUAUCAGACUGGAUGGUUCAUUCCAUGUGGCGGAGCGGCAAAGACCCGGACAGUUUUUCCAUCCCUUACCUGACUGCUCUGGGGGACCUAUUGGGCACCGCCCUGCUGGCUCUCAGCUUCCACUUCCUGUGGCUCAUAGGAGACCAGGACAGCGAUGUAGGGGACUGAGGCAGCGGCCGGCACGACGGGAACCCUGCUGUCUGCCCAGCUAACUUCUUACGCCUUUUAUAGCCUUGGGCGCUCUCGGGUCACUGGCCAACACAUUCCUCUGCUCCAUAUACUGGAUUGGACUUCUCUUAAACCACAUGAUGGUUUAUAAACUAUUUUCUGAUCCUGGCUUUUUUCUACACAUUUAAGGCAUUAUAUUUCAUAAACAGAGACUGUUCUGAGUAGCAAUUCUGAUUUUCAUGAUGAUUUUGCACCAAAGCACUUGCAGAUUAUUUUGCUGGUUUUGCUGGAGAACAUCAACCAGAUGAGCAUCAGUGGGAAGUCUUCUCCCAAAAGAAGUCUUUUUUGCUGGAAUAUGUUUUUGGGAUUCUACCACCCACCAUGUCACAAGAUUUGUUUGUGUAUCACUGCUUUGCACCAUUGCACCAUCAGUGACAUUAACAUUGGGGUUGAGGCCAAGAGAAGUGAAGCCUGCUGUUAUUUUGCUUCAGAUUGACUGUUGAACACACUUUUAUUUAUAUCCCCACCCAAAUUUCUAACCUGCCUCCUUGGUUCUCAGCCUUUGUGGCCCUGGGGACCAGCUAAGUAAAUCAGAUCCAGUCUUGAGGACCAGCAUCUGCGACUGCGGUAAUUCUGAAUUGAAAUACAAAUAAUUGCCAAGACAAAAUAAAAGUGGUAAUGUUAAAGGACAUUUUAAUUCUAGUAUAAAACCAUCAUUGCAGCACUUCAUGGUACCAGCUCACAGCCAGUAUUCAGUAAAUCCCUCCCCUGAACAGUGACUGUCCAAUUGUUGCUUAACAGCUGGAACUAAGUAUGUACAGCUAUUGUCUGCGAAAAGAGCUUUUGUUGGUAUUUAAAGAGCUUUGGAGGGUGGUGGGACGGAUUUAACAGUGGCCUUAUCUGCUCUAAUGGAAGAUGCAAAUGUUAGCAUGUCUGCGUGCUAGCUAGCUCAUUUACCUACAGUGGUAACUCAGCAUUACUUCCAAAGCCAAGGAGCACAUCACAAGCUAACUACACUUGCAUAUUCAUUUUGUAAAAACUGUCAGAUAGUGUUACAUUUGCCAAACGCUGUCCUCUGUCUGAAAAAAGCCUUUUGCGACAUUAAAAAUGAAAACAUACAAACAAGAUUAUUACCGGGUUAGGUUAAUAUGAAUGAAUGAAUUUUCCUUUAUCAUACAAAUAACUGCUAGCUCUUCACUGUUCUUCACUUUGUGGUGGUACUGUUUGCCUGGGACGUGCUACUUUGGCCUCAGUGUUAUAGCACAAUAUUGUGAUGUAGCCAACAAAUGCACCAUCAGUGAUGGGUGUAGCAGGCAGGAAGUGAGGGGAUCAGGGUGAAAGGUCAAGUAUUGCUUUGCAGAGGUUUAGAGACAUUUGCCAUUCUUGGCUUCCUGUUAUAUCCUGUAAAUGUUAACACACAGCAUAAAAUCCUUUGUAUAUCAUGUCAAUUAUUCAUUUAUCUCCUCUGAUGGGGGGUAAGUGGGGCGUGGGGAAUAAGGGGUGGGGUGGGGGGGGGCACUGUAAUGUCUACAUGUACGCACACAAUUAGCAAAUUUUCAUCUUGGCACAGUCAGAUUUUCUGCUCAUAUCAGGGAUUUGAUUAGAACCAGUGUAAAGGAACCGGAUUUAACACCAGAUCCCUGACUUUUUUUUUUUUUUUUCAGAAUAUGUCUGGUUUAGUACGUCUGAGAAAACUGACUCAGUCAUUCCCUGUAGCUCCGAGAGGAACGACAUGAAUAAACGCUUAAAUCAAACCACCUCUUUAUUCAAAUCUGUUGUGCAUGUGACUGUGACCAGUGGCUCUCUUCAAACUCUCAACAUGUGCCUCUUGAGAUUCACUGGUUGACAAGGUUUUUCUCUCUGUCGUGCCAUUAAUGCAGUUUUCUUUCUACAAUGUUGUAAUACAGUGCAAUGAAUUGAUGCUCUUUUUGUACUCUAUUUCUGAAGAGUUUGGUUGGGUUUUAGCACUGGCUUGACUCUACUAGCUAUCAUUAAAGGUGUCAGAUUCUCGGGUUCUUCUGUUUGCUUUUGAGGCUCAUGUGGACCAAUAAUGUCAAAAUAAAACGUCCUUCAGU